AUGACAGCGUAUUUUACCGCCAAUACAGAAUUUGAUACUGAUGAUGAUGAUGAUGAUGAUGAUUGUGAUGACUUAACGUAUGAUCCUAAGGUCGAUGAUAAUGAUGAUAACGAUGAUAAUUGUUCCGAUGAUACAUUGGUCAAUUGUAAGGAGGAUGAUAAAUUAGCAAAAAAUCAUGAAAAUUUGUGUAGGUUGAAUCGUAAUUUAUCUCAAUGUUCAUCAAAAUUCAAACGUAGUGAUUCAACAGCUCCACCAGAUUCACCGCUUUAUAAGCCACCUGAUGCUGGAAGAAAAUUUCUAAAAGCUGUAGCAUCACCUUGUUCACCGCAGUUAUUGAAUGUUUAA